UGUUUAUCUAAUCUUGUCGGUAAACCUCAAUUCGCAAUGGUAAUUUAUGAUGCAUUAGCACAAUUCCCUUUUGCCAUCCUACUUCUUCUCUCCAUCAUCAAUUUUCAAUACAACUCAAUUCAAACGUCAUCUCUCUCUAUCUCUUUCUAGACAAAGAGGUUAACCGACAUUGCCCUAUGAUUUUCGAAGAGGCAGGUUCAGCUAAUAUGGUCAAAACGGUGUGUACAUUACAUCCCUUUUUUGUUUCUUGCUCUUCUUCUUGUUUUACUUUCACUUCUUCCUUCUCUCUCAUCCAAUUCUAAAUAAGUAAAAUUUGACUUGGUUCAGAUGUAUGUAUUGUCACGUAUAUAUACUUUUAUUUAAUAUAUUUGGAAUAUUUUCAUUAAUCUAUACUGUAUAUUCCUAAUUUCAUUUUUGUAUUAUUUAAAUGUUAAUAAGCAAAGGUGAUCACCACCCACCCUGUUUCUGUUGAGUUGGCUGCUACUUCCCCUUUUUUCCUUCUUAUAUACACCUCUUCUUUGACAAUUUUAAUAAAAUCCCUCUUUUAAGAAGUCGAUUUUCAGACAUAUAACAUUACAUCACUUUCUCCAAUAUUUUUCACACAAUUCCUCUGUGUGUGUCUCUGUUUUGGUUGAAGAAGAACCACGGAGUUCUAAGUGAUCUUGAUUUCCGGCGAAGAAGGAAAGUAAUAUAUAGUUGGAUUAGUCUGGGAUUUAAUCGGCGAUCAGUUAAUUUUUUGCGGUACAUGUGCUCAUUAAAGGUGGCGAAUAGACAGGGCAGCGGCGACUAUGCCAGAAUUAGGCCGACCACGCCUAACACUUCUUCCACCGCUUCCGCUAAUGUUGACAUCAAUCCCUUCUUCCACAUGCAGCACCAGCCGGAUUACCUGCUGUCCGCGGUGGUGUCGCCGCCGCCUGCCCACGGCGACUUCGGGGAGAUGUCGGCGAUGGUGACGGCGCUCACCCACGUUGUUUCGGGGCAGAGGAGCUUUAACCCCUCCGCCGUUGAUUCGCCGUCCAGCUCCGGCUCGUGGUCGGGGCAGAAGCGGGUACGCCACCGCGAUGACGGCGAGUUUUCAGAGAGGAUAUAUGGCGGGAUUGGAGAGUCGUCGUCUUCAUCUGUUAAACCUGAACCGGAGUCCGGAGCUAGCGCUGCAACGCCAACCGCCGCCGCAGCCGAACCUCCCCAACAACCGGAAUCCACCGCAGCUCCGCCGGAAGAGGCCGGCGGAGAGAGGAGAAGAAAAUACAGAGGCGUGCGGCAGCGGCCAUGGGGAAAAUGGGCCGCGGAAAUAAGGGACCCACACAAAGCGGCUCGAGUUUGGCUCGGCACCUUCGAAACUGCCGAGGCUGCAGCCCGAGCCUACGACGAAGCGGCGCUGCGCUUCCGAGGCAACCGCGCCAAGCUCAACUUCCCCGAACACGUAAGGGUGCUGCCGCCACCUCAGCCGUCGCAAAUAGCCUCGCGACCCGCGGCGGCGCCGUUUUUCCAGACAGCCGGCAGGGAUUACUGGGAGUACUCGCAGCUGCUGCAGAGCACGGGCGAUUUGCCGGCGGCGCAGACGAAUUCGAUGUUCGAUCAAAUGUUCUACGCUUCGUCGUUGGCCGGAUUGUAUUCGUCGUCGCAUCAAUCGCAGCAUUCAUCGUUUUUCUCUUCCUCGACUUCCCAGCAUCCCAUGCUGUUUUCUAGCGGCCAAACCAUACAUUUCUCGCAGCCGCCGCCAGGAAAUAAUCAGCAUAGUCGCGGCGGUGGCGGUGGCAGUGAUGCUACCGGCGCAAGUCAGACACCGCCAUGGAGUUCCGGCCACUACCCUUCGUGCUCUAGUUCUUGAUCAUAUACUCUUCCGUUACAAAAUAGUGCACACUAAAUUGUGCUCUGACUAAGUAGUAAAUUAUACUCCUAGUAAAUAAUUGAAGAAAGUAUGAUUAAAAGAAAAGUGUGUUAAAAAUGGUAAAGAAAAAAAAGUUCACUUUUAUUAUAAUUA